GUUGUGAUCUGACUUACUUUACUAUGAGUGAAUUGAAGAGAUGCAUAUGAUAGUCUCAUACACAUGCAUUAAUCCUGCGGUUGCCAUAAAGUGACUUGGUCAAAGGAUUGGGUGAAUUGAAGGGAUGAUCAUUGUCUCAUACACAUGUAUAAUAGCUACGGUUGCCAUAGUGAUGUGGUCAAAGGAUUAUACAAAAUACAGACCAAUUAAUAGUACCUAUUAAUAUGGAUUUAUGAAAACCCAGUAGAUCCCUGCCAGGUGGAUAUCACAUUUCAUUCUAUAGCUGUUCCGUCCUUCUAAAGGAACAGUCAGGUUAAGGUAUUGGCCAGCGAUGUGGAAUUCUAGAAAGGAAGUAAGAGAUAUCGAGCGGGCGAAAAAAAUAAUGAUAAAAAAGGAAGUGCCUUAACCUAUCCAGAAUAAUCAAUAUGGUAUGUUAGGGAUAUUGAAUAAGAUUUAUAGGACACGAAACCGUCGCCAUUAUUCGUGACAAAUCCACUGGGGCUUAAUGUCUUCCAACAGAGGUCAACCCAGGCAAUAUCACAAAAAUUCAAGUGAUAUACAUGGGGAUAAUGCAUUUAAAUGUGUAUAUUGGAAAAUGUCUCCGGGGGUUUGCCUGAUUGGGUAUCACACAGUAGUCUAUAAAUACAUUUAUAGUAGAUGAUAAGAAUGUCACUCGUACUGCCGUGAUGUAUGGACAGUAAUAAACAGCUACAAUAACAAGACACCGUGGACUUUACUCAGGAUAACUCGCAUUGAUCAUCAACAAUGGCGUCGAAAUCGUUCGCCUCCUACCUUAUACGAUACCGCUCCAGAAACGUGAGGCUUUGGAUGUUAGUAGCAGUAGCGCUUGGAUCACUCUUCUUUAUCCGUCCUUUUCGUAUGAACAACGGCACGUGGUCACCUUCACCAACAGCCUUCAAUCGUACGUGGUGGGACGCCAAGUCUCUCCCGAAAGGGUUGGUUUCUUCUAAGUGUCAUGCAAUUGGAACUACCAAACAAAACGUGAGUAUGAUCGAGAGCCUGAAAAAGACUCUACAGAUACGUGAAGGACCACCCCCGGACAAGGACGAACUUUGCAGUAUGUCGUUUGAGGAUCUUGAGCUGUAUUAUCACACGUACUUAAGUGCGAUCCAGAACCCGUGUAAACGAUCUGUGCGCAUGGGUAGUACUUUGGAUGGAGGAUGGGACGUGUGUGGUGAACAAACAAAAAUCAAACAGAAUUCCUGUCUUGUUUAUUCAUUUGGAAUACAGUUUGACUUUUCAUUUGACGAUGAAAUGGCGUCGGUGUUUGGAUGUGAAGUACAUUCAUUUGAUCCAAGCAUGCAUCAAAAGGAUCACAUGCACAACCCGUCAGUUUUUUUCCACGCCACUGGCAUUUCUGAUUACAAUGGUAUCAGUAAAGAUAUGGCAGGUUGGAAAAUGCGGACGUUCAAAGCUAUCCGCGAGGAGUUGAACCAUAUCAGGCGCAGCCCCGACGUCGUUAAGAUGGAUAUAGAAAGCUGGGAAUGGAGUGUCUUGCCCGACAUGUUGAAGUCUUCACAACUUACUGGCAUCAAACAACUUCUAGUAGAAUUUCACGCAAACACCGAUAGUCACAUAAAGGAAUUUUGGAUUCAUAGGCUCUUGAUACUACGUGACCUGUAUCUGGAGGGGUAUCGUAUAUUCUGGGUGGGACGCAACAUGAUGUGUACCUACACGUCACCAGUUCUAAACCGUAAACUAUAUGGAUGUUAUGAAAUCUCAUUCGUCAAGACAAGAUAACACCAUUAUAGGUUAUGAAAGUACACGUAGUUAGGGAUUGCUUAAGGAGAAUCAUAAGAAAGGAUAGAUGCGCAUGUGGAAAAUAAAAUCAUCAAACAGAGGGAUACUAGGAUUGGCUUAGAAUGGUUGGAUGCGUUGUGAGAUAAAAUCACAAAGGACAGAGCGACACUAGGAUUGGUUGUGAACGGAUGGAAAAGUGGAGAAAUAAUUCACAAAGAACAGAGCGACACUAGGAUGGGUUGUGAACGGAUGGAUACGUGAAGAAAUAAUUCACAAAGAACAGAGCGACACUAGGAUGGGUUGUGAAUGGAUGGAAAAGUGGAGAAAUAAUUCACAAAGAACAGAGCGACACUAGGAUGGGUUGUAAACGGAUGGAUACGUGAAGAAUAAUUCACAAAGAACAGAGCGACACUAGGAUGGGUUGUAAACGGAUAGAUACUUCGAGAGAUAAAAUCACAAAGGACAGUGCGACAAUAGGAUUGGUUGUGAAUGGAUGGAUACGUGAAGAAAUAAUUCACAAAGAACAGAGCGACACUAGGAUGGGGUGUGAAUGGAUGGAUACGUGGAGAAAUAAUUCACAAAGAACAUAGCGACACUAGGAUGGGUUGUGAAUGGAUGGAUACGUGAAGAAAUAAUUCACAAAGAACAGAGCGACACUAGGAUGGGUUGUGAAUGGAUGGAUACGUGGGGAGGCAAAAUAACAAAGGAUAGAGCGACACUCGAAUGGGUUGUUAACGGAUAGAUACUUCGAGAGAUAAAAUCACAAAGGACAGUGCUAGAGCGACACUCGGAUUGCUUGUGAACGAAUGGAUACAUGGGGAGACAAAAUCCCAAAGGAUAGAGCGACACAAAACCAGAUGGAAUGGAAAAAACCACAAAGGACGCAAAUAUACUCAAAUGGGAAGGUGAACAAAUGGUUGGAAAAUAAUAAAAACAUGGCAGAUGAACAAUUUCUUAGAUAGGGAAUAAUAAGAAUACAAAGGAGUACAUUCUCUGAAAAGGAAGUGUAUAUUUUGGCAAGUGGAGAAUUCACACACAGGUAUUGCACAGAAAUGGACAUAUCCAUACACGAGUCGAACAGGUUCAAACAGAUACUCGGACCAUAGCAUUCCGAUCAAUCAGAGCUACUUCCCUUAGUUUCGUGUUUGUCAUUAGUUGCUAUCCAGCUGAUUUGGGGCCGCGAAUUAAAAUAACUACAUGUAUAGUCAAACCAGAACGACCGGUCGCGUUGACCUUUUCGUGGAAUAUUCAAAGUGGGUAGUUCCAUUUGUUCACAGGUGUGUUAACAAAACAUAUUGAUUAGGAGUACUACUGUGUAUCAUUUAUUUUUGAUGCAUGUUUUACACAUAUUCAAGUAAAUAGACCAGUAUAAAUACAAAUGAUGCAGGUGAUGAUAAGGUUUGUUACAUUAUAAACAACUAACAGAUAUACAAGUAUAUAUUCAAAGCACCUAUUUCCCCUAAAUGAAUAACCUCGUCUGUAAUCACUAUGCUAAUCAAAGUUCAACACGACAGGUCAUUCUGGUCGGACUAUACAUGAAUGUUGCGAUAUACAGAUACGACCGUUUUUACUUCCCUGGUCUCAUUUUGUGUGCUUGACAUUACAUGGAUUUGAUAUAGAUUUACAUGAUGUUUGUCAUUCGAUGAACGGAAUCUAGCCUAGCUUUUCUUCUGUGUUUAUAUUAAAUCAUUCACGUGACCAAAAGAAAAAGGCGGUUGAAUUAAUCGCUGAAACUGUGAUAGCAUCCGCAAACUAUUUUUUUAAUUGAAUUACAUGUAUAUGUAUAUAUGUAUUUCAAGUAGGAAUUAUUCAUAUAUGCGGAGAAAAGUGUUUUACAUGUUUAUAAGAAAUUUCAAUUAAAUCUUUUUUGAAAUUAC